CAGCGUCGGCGCAUCGCCUGUACGACUCGGCCCUACGUCGAUGACGCCCGUGUGCGACAGCACUGACACCUUUUAUAUAUUCCCUUGCCGUAUCUAGUUAAUCUCGGGCUCCGAUAUAGACUCGCCAGAUAGCGAGCGUGCAAUCUUCCCGCAGCCAGUGCGCGGCCACGAAUAGUUUUUGCGAUUUUUAUCCUGUCCACGGCGUUUUCCGCGCCGUUCGCCACCGUCAGCUUCGACCAUCUAUCACAUCCGGCUAAAUGCGGCUCACGCCAAUGGAGGAGACAAUAAAGGGAAACCUGCACAAGCAGGAGGUGAAAUUGGAGUGGGAGAGUAAUCAGCAUCGGCCAGAAGAGAGCUCCCCUCAGCAGGGUCCACGCGGUGGCAUGGACGCGUCUCCACAGCCGCAGCAUCAACAGCAGCCGCAUUCGCAGUCGCAGCAUCCAACGCCAGUCGGCAGUCCACGAAGCGUUAUCACGAGCCGUCGGCACGUGCGCACAAUCACGACCGCGGGACACAUCACCGAGACCCUCAUCGAGCACGAGAUCCCAGGAUCACCCGAAGCCAACAACAAUAACAACAGCGCCGAGCUGAUCGCUCAGCAACAAAGGCUCAUCAAGCAGGAGUCCACGCCACCGCCGCCUCCUUACUCCACCGAGGAGCCGACGGCCCAGCAGCAUUACCAAAUUCACAUAACUCAGCAGCAUAGUCCCAAUGACCAGCAGCACAAGCAUCACGUUAUAUACGCCACUGCUAACGGCCAGGAGAUACAGGUCGAGGCGACGGAGCCUACCGAAUCGACCAUCGCUAUGACCGUCGACGAGUCGUCCAGCUGCCUACGUUUCUUUAGAUACGAGGCAGCCGUAGGCGAACGGGCGGAGCCGGCCGAACGGCCGACGCUGGUGAGCUACGCGGACGAGGCCGAGUUGAGACGCGAGGGCCACGCGAUGAGCGGGCAAGAGCGUCACGUGCAGCUGGCCAGCUCGCAGCAACGAUACAGCCCACAGCAGCAGCAACAGCAGCAGCAGCAACGCUACCAGGCCUCGCCCCAAUCCACAGUUGAAAGCUACGAACCCACGGCCCAGUCGCUCGUCUCCCAGCAGUGCGCCAACGCCGGCAUCCAGCUCGGCUCGCCCGCCGCCCAUCAGAACUAUUCGCCGCCGCUGGAUAGCAUCAGGCAGUCGAACAGCGCGGCAUCUCACCAACAGCAGCAGCAGCAGCAGCAACAGCAGCAGCAGCAGCAGCAACAGCAGCAGCAGCAGCAGCAGCAGCAACAGCAGCAGCAGCAGCACCUCGUCGCAACCACCUACACGGACGGCAGCGUCAAGUACAGCGCCGAGGUGAGCGUCGCCCCCGAGAACCUCAAGGCCUCGAGCACCUACACCACCCUGGAGACGGUGCCGCUGCUGCCCAGCCAGACCGCGCCCUACAGCCAGUACAUCGCCGCCCCCGAGGCCUUCCAGCAGGCGCCCGCCUACAGCUACUCCAAGCACCAGGAAAUCUUCAUCUACCCCGCGUCCAGCCAGGCCUCCAGGCCGGUCGAGAUCGAGCACGCGGGCGUGUACAUCAAGAGCGACCCGACGCUGGCCUCCUCGUCGCUGAUGCGCCCGGCCUCGCUGCAGUACGAGCCGGCGCCGGGCUCGCCCUCGCAGGUCAGCCUGUACCCGGGCGGCACGGUCACCUACCAGUUCGCCGCCAAGCCCGGCCAGGAGCAGUACUGGGCGGGCCCGGCGGGCGGCGCCUCGCCGUCGGCCAGCUUCGACUACGUGCACCAGGCGGCCGCCGGCUACGCGGGCGUGCCCAUCUCCGCGGCCGAGGCCGCCGGCGGCAUGAUCUUCCCCGGCGGCUCGUACGCCGUGGCCAACGGGCCGGGCCCGGCCUGGGCGGCGCUGCCGCUGGGCCCGGCCGAGCCCGCCGACGACCCGGCCGGCGCGGUCGCCGCGGCCGCCGGCUUCGAGGCCGCCCUCGGCGCCGAGACCAAGGAGUGCGUCAACUGCGGCGCCCACAACACGCCGCUCUGGCGCAAGGACGGCACCGGACUCUACCUGUGCAACGCCUGCGGCAUCUACUGCAAGACCAACGGCAUCAACAGGCCGCUGGCCCAGCGCGUCAAGCCCAAGCCCAGCGCCCCGCCCGUCAGCACUGGUGGUAGGAGGAUAGGAGUAAGGUGUGCGAACUGUUCGACGACCACCACAACUCUUUGGCGACGAAAUAACAAUGGUGAACCUGUGUGCAAUGCCUGUGGGCUGUACUUCAAACUUCACAACGUGAACAGACCAAUGAGUAUGAAGAAAGAAGGCAUUCAAACACGAAAGAGAAAACCCAAAAACCAUGCAAAUGUAAAUAAUAACCACGGCGUAUCCAAUGCUAUUCAUAAGCAAGAAAUCAAGUCCAAUCUACUUGAGGAAUUGAAGGUACAGUCAAGCAUAUGCGUUGACGAAGGUGAAGAUAACAGGAAGGAUAAUAUAGGUUUACCCACAAGUUAUAAAAUAUCGCCUAUCAUGCAAAUACCUGUGACAUUACCAGCUUACAUUGCUUCGCCCUCACCUUUAACUUUACGUUCCGCAGCUAUUCUUAAUCGUCAGGCUACACUUUUAGUACCGCCUUUGGAACCAGUUCCUAGCCGAUCAGAUAAAGAUUUUACUUCAGUGAUAAUAUCGACAACUACCUCAAAACCAACUAAAAGGGUUUGAAAACAUUUCAUUGGAAUACCUUUAUUACCGACUGUGUUAUGCAUUGCCGAGUCCUGGUAAUAUCGACAUUUUCGAGUGUCUUUGAAAAUGUUUGCCACCUACUGGUACAAAAUCAAAUUAUGGUCAAUUAGCCUCCGAUCAAACGUGUUGAAAAUACUGUAAUUUUAUUGUUAACUUCGCGCAGUAGAAAUAAUAAUAAUAGCAUAUUUUUAUUUAUCAUAUCCACAGUACGUAUUCUUCAUGUUUGAUUUGUAACAGUCGUAUAAAA